CAGUCUGGACUCUCAGCUGGAGGCUCUGAAUCAUGACGGUGGCUCUUCUGCGGUUCUGAAGGCUCAGAGUCAGCCGAUGGAGAUGCUGGACUCCUCAGAACAACAGACGAGCAAUCAGAACCAGAGUCAGAGCUACACAGACGGGCGGCACGCCGUACCCAACAUCAUCCUGACCGGAGAUUCUCCAUCAGGACUGUCGAUGGAGAUCGCAAGCAUGCUGUUGGCCGUCCCGGGCUUUGAGAUGGACCCGUUCUCCACAGACGACCCGCUGGCGCUGGAGGCUCUGGGCAUGCUUUCAGACGGGGACCUGAUGCUGGCCGACCCCGCCGUCGAGGACUCCUUCCGCUCCGACCAGCUCAAGUGACUCGCAGAGAGCGUUCGAACACAGACAGAGAGGUGCAUGUGGCACUUUGGGUCGAGCGCCGGCAGGUCAUGUGACUUGGGUCUAAGCCGCAUGCUGACGAAUGCACUUGUGCACAUGCGCUUGCACUGUGAGCUUCUGCCCUUUAACCCUGCGCUUCUCAGACGGUCAAAGCCACACGAUCCACUUCCUGUUACAGACCAAUCGCAGUCACAUGCCUCCACCGAACGCUGCUCAGGUGCUUCAGUCCCAGCAUGCACUGCACCGCACCAGGUUAAUGCAGAACCCACACAGGCGUGAGGGUGUGUCCCAGACAUGUCUCGGCCAAUCAUGUGAGUCUGGGGCGGGGCUAUCAGGCUGACUGACCAAUGACGCAGGGAAAUACUCAGGUGACCCGUUUGAAAUCAUCAUGUUUCACCCUGGUUUAAUGUGGCUGUGUUCAGAAUAGCGUACUAUCAUGCUGCAGUAUACAGCACGCACACUGUACUCAGUACGGGAAACUCUACAGUGCACAGAGACUGUGUCCCAAAAUGCAGUUGUGCUCAACAAUUUAAAAUAAACGCAUAUUUUUAUUUCAGAUAAACUCGGAUGCAACUGAUGCAAAAAUGCUUAUUGUGGAAUAAUGCCUUACUGUGUAUGAACUAAUGUUAUUAUGUAUAUUUACAUGUAUUAAAGGAGUAAUGGAAUAUAAUUACAGUAUUUUUGUGAUUAAGCUAUAGUGUUUUUGCAUUUAUACUAAAUAGAUUUUUUCAAAGCAGCAAAAUAACAAUCAAUGAUGCAGAACUCAUCAAAUAUGAGAAUUCAAAUCAGCUCAGGUUUGUACAGAUUAGUAUGCACUGUAUAGUGUGCAGUGUGCAGGGAGCUGGUAUUCUGUUCUGAACACAGACUGUAUC